GGCCAUUCAUGCUUGAUUUAUCAUUCCUAUUUGUUGACGAAUCUCAUACAUUCAAGGAUGGCAUCGAGGUGGUUCUUAGGCCGUCUUACCUUGAUCCUUGCGGUCUUCCUCUUCUCUGUCGUCCCUGUUCUGGCGCAGAACUGCAGCAAGGACAAUCCGUGCGCAACAGGAUGUUGUUCUACGAGUGGAUGGUGUGGAACAUCAGAAGAGCAUUGCGGUGCCGGGAAUUGUGUGGAUACUUGUGACUAUAAACUUGAAUGCGAUGCAAACAAUCCAUGCAAAACAGGAUGCUGUUCUAAAGCUGGAUUCUGCGGCCUAGGGCCGGACUACUGCGGCAAAGAUGCGUGUGUGUCGGGCUGCGAUGCCAAGUCCGAAUGUGAUCCUGGAUUUGGUGCGGAAUGGGCGCAAAGCUCGAAAUGUCCCCUAAACGUGUGCUGUUCGAAGUUCGGGUUCUGUGGCACGACAAGCGAAUUCUGUGGCAGUAAGAAGGUCAAAAAGCCAAGUUGUAGCCUUGACGACUCAACUUUAGACCGUGUUGUCGGAUACUAUGAAGGAUGGGGGAGUCGUCGGCCCUGUAAUGCCUUCUGGCCCGAGCGAAUCCCCACAGGAGUCUAUACACAUAUCAAUUUCGCGUUCGCGGCCAUCAAUCCGGAGACCUUUGAGGUGGGACCGGCCCAGAGUGAUGAUAUCGAUCUCCUGCAGCGGGUCACCAAUCUCAAACGGAUAGAUCCAGAUUUGAAGGUCAUGAUUGCUCUGGGGGGAUGGACGUUCAAUGAUCCUGGUGCCACGAGAACCACAUUCUCAGACAUUGCAGGCUCAGAGGAUAACCAGAGAAAGUUCUUCAAGUCCCUUACCUCCUUUCUGAGUACUUAUGACUUGGAUGGAGUAGACCUGGACUGGGAAUAUCCUGUAGCUGAUGAUCGUGGUGGGAAGAAAGAAGACUUCAAGAACUUCCCUACAUUCAUGGCAAAUCUAAAAAAUGCUCUCCAAUCAGCCGGUGGACGGAGUGAGGUAUCAAUUACCCUACCAGCGUCCUAUUGGUACCUUCAGCAUUUCGAUAUUGCGAAGCUUCAACGGCAUGUGGACUUUUUCAACAUUAUGUCUUAUGAUCUGCAUGGCACCUGGGACCAAGGGAACAAAUGGACGGGCGAGUACUUGAAUGCUCACACUAACCUAACAGAAAUUGACAGAGCCCUUGAGCUUCUGUGGCGCAAUGACAUUGACUCCUCGAAGGUGGUCAUGGGUCUGGCAUUUUACAGUCGGACAUACACGGUAGAAGAUCCUGGCUGUGUAACACCUGGCUGCCUAUACGCUUCUGGAGGAAGAAAAGGUGAUUGUAGUGGGGAGAUUGGCAUCCUUUUGAACAGUGAGAUUGAUCAAAUCAAAGACAAGCGUGGCCUGGUCCCAACAUUGAACGAGGAUGCAGCGGUACAAUUGCUCAGCUGGGAUGACCAAUGGCUGUCCUAUGAUGAUGAGGUAACUUUGAAGAUAAAAUUGGACUACGCGCGCAAGUCCUGUCUGGGAGGGGUGAUGGUCUGGGCUAUUAGCCAUGAUACAGCUGAUGCGAAAUAUUCACAUGUGCUGGGAAAGAACAGCCAUCGCACGUUCACAACUAAGCCAGCAAUAUUCGCGGUUGUCGAUACGAGUACCGAAACGCUGUACGAAACCAAGGAAGAAAGCCACCUCCAAUGCAAGUGGUCUAAUUGUGGAGAGUACUGCCCUUCUGGCUGGAAGAUGAUGAUACGAGAUGACCCGGACCGGCACAAUAAUAACGAAAUCCUGCUGGACAAAACCACCUGCACCAAGCCGCACGGUCGUCGUUUCUGCUGUCCUCCAAGCGAAACGUUCCCUAAGUGUGGCUGGUACGGCUUCAAGGGGGGCAAUUGCGACGGCACAUGCCCCUCGGGAUAUCGAGAAGUCGGAUCCCUUAAAGAAGAGUGUCACGCAGGCCAUCAUCAGGCCGCCUGCUGCACGGUGAAGGAUGAUAAUGGCGUGCUUCUCAAUUCCAUGAGACUCUACGAAUCGUGUGAUUGGGCGGCUGAGUUCCCGGAGUGUGAGCAGGGCAAGUGUACAUUCGCCGGAUCUCCAUGGCCUACUGAAUUUGUUUCAUCAAGCACGGGCAGUGGCGCUGUUGCGUGUUCUUGGAACUGGAAGAAACGAGGUGAUAAUGGAGGCAUGAAUGGCUUCGACCCUGACCCUCAGAAACGUAAGUACUGCUGUGAUACCUCGGAUAAGUUGACGACUUGGGGAACGUGUGAGUGGCGCUCCAACAUUGGCGAGUACGGAUCCUCAGGCAAGAGAUGCAAGUCAGGCUGCAAAGCAAACGAAAUCCCCAUUGCUCUUGAAGGCUCGGCGGACUGUCAUCAGGAUGGAGCGCAAGCAUAUUGCUGCACCGGUACUUACCGCACCCAAACACGGAAUUUGCUACCGGAACUGGAAGCAGACAAGACCACCAUGGAGGCGUGGGUAAACAACCCCACCUGCGACAACGAUAGUGGACUCCUCCGACGCGGACAAAUUCCCCUGACUACCGUCGCAGUCAGUCGUGCGGGAGAUAUCUUUGGCGAGCUGCUUCUUGGAGAGGAAAACGGCAACAUGAGCACGGUAUUCCAGAAGAAGGAAUCGAUUUUCAACGAGAGUAUCACCACAAAAUGGAAGUGGCUCGCAACCAAGUACUCCGUGCCGUGGCUUACCAACGAGGAGACAUAUCCCGUUGGGAAGCUCUACAGCCCGCAAAAACUGGGACAAAUCGUCAUGUGCAAUGCGGAUGCCUUCAAUGAGAUGAUUGGAAACACCGGCCUUGACCUCAAUUGCACCCAUUAUGAACCAACGGCCGAGGAUUACACGGAAGCGGAUGAUUCCGAUAGCACAGUAUAUAAACGCUGGCUGGAAGAGCGUCACGUCCUUAAUCGGCUUGAGAAGCGAACGCCACCCGAAAAGAAGAAGUAUAUCUGUACAGAUAAGGAUGGAAAAAAAAAGACGAUCUAUUAUCAGAGCCAAGGAUAUCCGUCAGUGGGAGAGUGGGAUGAAAAUGCGGAACAAGUCCGAAAUGCCUAUGACCUGGUUGACUGGGAUCACUGUCACACUCCACAGACCCAAACAUACAACCUCGGAGAUCAGCGUGGAACUUAUGCCACUGAACAUACCAUGGAGAUGCAGUCUAUAGAACUCUUCUUCACAUGGGCCAUCAAAAACGGCCCAGAGGAGUGCCAUGAUAUCGACUGUGAUUUCCUGGCGAACUUUUUCAACAAGCCUGUCCUGGACAAAAACGUACCUGGAUUGCAGGGGCUUGACCUUAACCAUCAGCAGGUCCCCAUGCAGCGUUUUAUGGAGCAACUGGGUAGUUAUUUUAACAACGAGAACUUUGCGAUCCUUCAUGGAACCAUUAAUCUCAACAAAGCACAGUUAUGGAAACAUGCUAAACCCAGAAGUGAUGACACAUGGGCCGAGACAAAGAAGGACCCUACCAAAGCAUUAGAGCUAAUCCGAGAUACAAUUGCUGUCUUCAACUACCUCCGAGCUGAUGCCGUCUGGGCCAAGUUCAAGGCCAUCAACGACAAAGUCCGUGAGGAAAUGAAGCGAGUCGACCAGCAGUACAAAGAGGACAAAAAGAAAGACCUGAAUCUCCUCGACUGCUGGGAUGCUUGGAUGGAGCAUCAACUCGAUCGUGUGGUGAACGGGGGGAAAGACUGGGUUAAGAAGGCCCUCAAAGAUAUGGAGGAUUACUGGGUGCCUUCUAAGUUUGACAACCCACAGGAUCCGUUCAUGAAGCAGGUUUGUGACGCUAUCCAAGGAGUCCUGUCUCUCCUGGAAUUGGCUGCAGCUGAGGCGAUCAAGCGAUCAUUCUUCGACCUUGGCUUAGAUGGUGAUCCGAUGGAUACAUCAGAUUAGGCAUAGAUACUCUGUAAAGCUCACCUUGGUCAAAGGCUCCAGGUGGUUGAUGUUCUUAGUUUGU